AUGUCGGUCAAUUCUACGUUUAAGCAUCCCUGGUGGAUAGCGUUUUCGCUGCUUGGCAAUUCGCCUCGGUACCUUGACGAGUGGCUCAUUGUGAGUCUUUCAAAUGCGAUUCGCCAGAAGCCAGAGUGGGAACGUAAGUAUAAGGAUGAUAAGAUUGUGGAGAAAUGGAGACUGGAGUUUUUGGAGCAGAAACCGGAAACAAAGUAUCCGCAGGAGGUGUUUGACUAUGUGUUGAAGGAAUUGAAGUGGUACGACUCGUUGCUUGCCGAGCCUGAGGUUGCAGCUAAGAAGUUUAAGUUUGGGCCUGACGAUAAGAUCUUGUUCAGUGAUGCUGCUGUGAGUGAUGAGGAUGCCAAGGAGUUUAAGAAGUAUGCUGGGGAGUUUGAGGGUUCAAUUGCAGAGAAGGACUACCAUCCGGGCUCGGACGACUUGGUGGUUGAUUUGGUCCACCCUUCGCUUUUCCAUUUGGUCUAUGGAAGAACUAAGGUGCUCUCCGAUGGAAAACUCCAGGUUGCCGAGUUUGAUGAGAAAAUUCAGCAAGUCAAGAAAGGCGUGGCCGAUUAUGGUGUUUCCAAGAAAUUCCAGUGGCUCCCAGCGCUUAUGAAGUUGGAUCUGGACAAGAAGUUCGGGUUUUCUUCGUACAUCAAUAAUCUUCACCCAUUGAAGAACGAGAAGCUCUAUACUUCCAUUGCUUCAAUCUUCAACCUGGUAAUUCCCGGCCUCAACUUGACCUUGUCGAGAUACCAGUCAGAUGAAUACAUUAGAAUCAAGACCGCUGACUAUGGUGAAUACUACAACGAAGAGUACGAGAAAUACCUGGAGAAGUUGGACAAGCUUAUUGAUGACGGUGCAGACGACGAAGAAUGGGAGGAGUUCGAAAGGGGCAAGAAGGAUUACUAUCGUGAGUUCCCACCCAAGUACGAGAAGGACCCCGAAACAAAGCCCUUUGACCUUCGUAGCUUCGACGACUUGAAGGUCAUUGUGAAAUUGGCCAAUAUCGAACUUACUCCUGAAAAGCCAGAGUAUAAGGGUGGAUCGUGGCAUGUGGAAGGUACAAUCAACGAAGAUAUCGUCGCCACUGUUCUUUACUACUACGACAUGGAGAAUAUCGAGGAGUCGAAGCUUUCAUUCAAAUUUGCUUUUGAAGAUCCUCCUUACGAGCAGGGUGACGAACAAUACUGCAAUGACUUCUAUGGCAUCAAGGACGGUGACAACAUGACUAAACAUCUUGGAGACGUUGUGGCGCAGAAGGGCAGAGUCACUGUGUUCCCCAACAGUUUCCAGCACCAUGUCGAUGCUUUCAAGUUGAAGGAUGUCACCAAGCCUGGUUUCAGAAAAAUCUUAUGCUUCUUCUUAGUUGAUCCACACAACACCAUGGUGAAGGCUACAGAUGUGGUUCCAUUCCAAAACGAAGAGUGGGUGAAGGACGAAGCUCUUAUGAAGAAGUACUUCCCUGACGUUGACGCCAAGGACCUCAAGACCAUGACAGAAAAAGAAGCCAAAGACUACAGAGACGAGUUAAUGUCUGAGAGAAAGGUCGUAAUUGAGGAUGACGAGGAUUACGAGAAUGCUUACACCAGAACAUUCUUCUUGUGUGAACAUUAA